GCGCAUUUGCCGACCGACGAUCCUAAUUUCGGCCAUUGGGAGGCCAUCUUCGGGCGCAAGAAGAGCAAGAGGCGCACCGUAGGCUUUGGCAAGCUCGACAAGAAGCGAAAGGCCUGCUACCUGCGCGAGCUCUCCAUCGUCGACGCUGGCGUGGGCUGUGCUGUGUGGGACGCCGCGAUCAUCCAAGCCAGGUGGAUACUCGAGAAUGAGAACGUCUUUGCUGGCAAGCAGGUGAUCGAACUGGGCAGUGGCGUGGGGUUGCCUGGUCUGACUGCUGCCUACUUUGCGGCCAACGUAGUGCUUACCGAUCACCUUACCGAGUUGGUUGACAACCUCAAGUACAACAUCGAGAUCAACAGCAACGUGGAAAUGGACGGCGGUCGAUUGAACGCCACCAAGGACAUCUCCAAGUGCACCACCGCGGCCUACCUCAACUGGCACGAAAUCGAUCAGCCCGGCUUUGACCAGCCCGAGCUGGAGUUGGCCGACAUCAUGCUCGGGUCGGAGCUCACCUACAUGGAGAAGAACGUGGAUCCGCUCAUCCGUGUGGUGAAGAAGUACCUCAAGCCCGACGGCGUCUUCUACCACGUCUUGUCCGACGACCGAACCGGAGUGUCUACGUUCCUGCGGAAGAUGGAGGAAGAUGGGUGGGAGUGUCACGUGGUGCCCGUACCGGAGCGCAUUUUGGAGGUGGGCCAGUUCACGGGGCAGCGGUGGGAGACCUACCGACUCUACACCUUCAAGAGGCCCGGCUCCCCCUACCCCGUCGCUCAGUAA